AUGGCAACACCACCGCCGUCUCAGUUCGCAGCUCUUCUUCGUCAAUCCAAAUUUGCAUCUUUCGACCCCCAUAUUGGUCAGGUCUAUGCUUCAUAUGGCGGUCAUGCUCAUCGAGGGAAUUGGGGCCUCAAGCGUCCGUUACCGCUCCGUCGACGAAAGGCAACUGUAACCGUCAAAACGGUGGAUUCAAGACAACAGCAGACCGAGUGGAAGAGUGCGGAGCCUCAGGAUAGGUGGAUCAAAAUGUGGGACGAAGUUGGAGUCACACCUCGCGUCUAUACCGGCCCCUGGGCGACCAAGCUUGGCCCGCUGGUUAGUCUACAGUGGGAAAUAGACUCAGAGUUUUCGCAAGGUACUAGAGACGUGCAGGACAUUGACGGUUUGGAGCAAGAGUUGAAGAAGAAGAGCAAAGCCGUGCCCAACAUCUUUGCCAUGUCCAAGACAGAGCGUGCACGGUACAUGGAGGAGCUAAGGGAGGCAAGGCCGGAAUUCCGCAAAUACUUCCGGGUGCAGCAGAGGGCGAGGGAGAGAGGUGAAGACAUAAAUGAGGCUGUGGUGGAGGCUGAAGUCGAAGCGGAACCAGAGGAAGCACAUCCAGUUUCCCUGUGGGAGCAGUCGGACAACCCCAACCAUAUCCAGGAAUUCCUCGAAAGACGCGCAGCCAAGGAGUACAAUGCUCCCAACGCACAUAUCAUCGAACAGCGGCCUCAGCGGUUCGGGGGUUUGGUCUACGCGAGUUCGUCUCAAUUACAAUCUCUCUUCCUUUCUCCCCCUCGAGCGGGGCGUAUAUUGCAGGGCCAGGGAACCAAUACAAGGCCUGGAUUGCGCCUUGUGGGCCGUGCUCAGGACGAUGAUAUGGUCGCCAGCUUCGCUGGCAUGACGUCUUCGCUUAACAAGAACAAUCGAGGUUUGGCUAUGCCAGUUGACUGGAGUCGCCUGUCGUCAACUGGCGAAAGGAAUCCCCAAGCCAGUAUCACGGACUUCAGGUUUGCUCAAGCUGAGCUUGUAGGAGCUCCGGAGACAGUUGCGAAGAACCCGGCGGGCAUCAAAAGCGUGCACAUGCGGACGGAGGUGGAACAUUGCUCUGCAGACGAUGACGCUUUGACCCAAGCCAAUCCUCAUCCACCUGGCUCAAGGGAAUACAUCGCACACGAAGGCCAUUCGACGAAAAACACAAUGUCCAUGAUUCGAUCGACGCCUAAGAAGGGUGCUAGCUUUAGGGCUUCACCUACGGCUAAAGCUGACCUUCUUAUGACGUUGAACAAGGUUGUUGAAUCCAGCGAGCCGAAUACGUAUUCUUGGACAGAAAAGCCGUUGUAA